CCUAAGAAAGGUAGACCUGGUGCUGCCCUUGUGCUGAUCCGGAAGUGCAGUUUUCGUAUACAGAGUUGUUGUUUAUUUUUCACACAUACUUUUAUAUACGUUUUUCUUUUUUGUGCAGAAAUAAUGCCCCGUCUCACCGCUCAAAUCGGGCUUGCCACUGAGCAGUUUGUGGAAUUUUUGCAGUCGGUAUACAAGGCAAUGGUGCCCGUGUCCGCCCCUAGAUUUGUCUUGCAUGUUGGACAGGAUCGUAGUAGGCUGAGUUGAAAUUAUGCACUCCGGUCGCAAGGCAACUCCGAUGCAAACGCAGAAUACAGUGAGUUCCGACUCGCCCCCCGCCGAAGCGACGUACUUGCAAGUUUCUGGCAUAGCCACAGUGGUGUCAGUGAGGCGUAGUUUUCGGCAUGACAAACUCGGGUGAACCGUGGGGGCAGAUUUGAAUUGCAUACUCGAAUCAGCACUUUUCCUUCACCGUGCUUUUCGUCGGGAUUUUGGCUGUUCUUCUCGGUGGAGUUCCCGGAUGUGGGAAUCCCAAUCCCGAUGGGACGACGAGUGCAGCAUCUUCAACGGCAAGCUUGUUUUCUUUUUACCUCUUCGGCGACGGUGUAUUGAAAAGAAAAACCGCCCCACGCGGCGGUCAGAGUUCUUCUUACGACACAGGGAACUUGCAGGAACAUUUCCAGUCGCUAGAGUCUGAUGUGCAUCUCUAUGUUCCUGGCUCUAUAGCACAACUCCGCGACAGAGCGACACUCGUCAGGAGUUCUGCAUCGACAUUUAUAUUAGGCACGGGCCGGUGCAUCUCAAUCUUGACUCUGGGAUGAUGAUCGCGGGGACGGUUCUUUCACACAGGAUAAGGCUCUGCAAGCGUUUAUCCUGAGUAAAAACGUCCCCACACCAGAGUUGCCAUGCAAAUGUGCAAUGACAGGAACAUUUGUAAUGCGCAGUUCCAUGAGAGGCAUUUCCGGUCGUGUUUUUGAAUCUGUAAUGCUGUAAACGGGAUGCGAAAGUGGCUUUCUCAUGCGGCUUCUCUUGCCAAUCGGCACCACACUGCAGAGGGAAACUUGUCAUGCACAGCUUCCAAAACUUGGAGAUUUGUGUUGCUAGAUUCCCAACUUGACUAUGGGGUGGGGAUGUUUUUACUCAGGAUAGCGUUUUGGCGUAUUCGGUUUUUGUCACGGUGAGAACAGCACCGAAGCAAAUUCCCCAGUACCAAGACGAGAACAGCAUUGCGGGGCGGGAAAAUUUAUCAAAGGGAAAAAUCCCCCCUCCCCAUAUCGAAACGAAGUUUCUGAUGCUGGAUUUGCGUACACAAAUCAGGUCUGUCUUGCUGGAGAGGACUGCAGGCAUAUGCCAAGCCUGGGUCGAGAGGUUUUGACGUAGGGGACUAGCAUGACAGACGUCGGCUCUGUAAGCCCAGCAGCAUCACAAACCGCCGGCAUAAUGCGGCGGAUUCUCUGGCUUUGCCUUCUUGCAAGACAGACAGGAUUUGUGACCUCAAAUCUGCAUCACAAAUUUUCAGCCGAAUGCGUUUUCGAUAUGGGGAAGGGGAAUUUUUCCUCUCAAUAAAAUUUUCUCGAUCUUCUCGUGCAAUCCGUGGAGGAGAAAUUUUCCUACGGCGCCGCUAACACCUUUCCAUACAGCAGCUACAGCAGCUAUAACCAGAACGGGCAGAACCUCCUGGACAGCAGCGGCAGCAGUACUACUCGCCCACCGGGCCGGAUACCGUUGCUCGGAGAGAUUUCGCGGUACACCGCGCCGGAGCUGUUUUCGCCGGAGCGCAAAAUCGCGGUUGACGUGGCUUUAUCAACUGCAAAUAUGUUGUUGUCUGUGUCGGGAAAAAAAAAGGAAGUUCUGAUGCGUGUCUACUUCGCGGCAUUCCUGCUAAGUGUGGGUUGUAUGACUAGCAAAAGCAGUGCUGUUUCGUCAUGCUGAAACGCAGUUUGUAACUGUCGUGUGCAGCUGCCACCUACCUUUGGGAGCAAAGGUCGGUAAAAAGUUGUCAUGAUGGGGAGUAGCAGUUGGAAGUGGUUCAAUCAUCCAGGGUUUAGCAUCACGAUGUUUCCAGAGGUGGACCCCGAUAUACUUAUUUGCAAUUCAUAGGCUUUGAAGAAUGUGCUGCAUACGGUGGUAAACAGCGCCAAGGCAAAUUUGAUCAACAACAGCAGGGCUCAGGUGCUUACCGCAAACCGCGGCCGGGCAACAACGUCGAGGGCAGCAGGACGGCAACCCGAGCAAGAGGCGCAACUGCAAAGGCAGCAGCUGUAUGAAAUGCAAAAGCAUCGUACUAGUAUAAAUCGCAUGACAAAUUUCCGCAGCAUGAGAAGCAAAAUUUGUGAUGCAGAUUCGCUUUAAAAACGAGAUUUGUAAUCCAUGAUUGCAAUUACUAUGAGUGCGAUACUUUUGCAGUUCAUAAGCUGCAGGUGCGUUUCAAGGAGCUCAUCGCCGUUGCAGUAUCCAUUGCAAAUUUGUUGCAACCAGAAAAAAUGGAGAAGUUUGUAAUGCAGGUUUUGGAUCACGGGAAUGGUGAUGGUCGCAAAUGCGCACAGAAGCAUUACAGGUAGUUUUGCGUAUGCUUCUUGAUGCCUCUCUCUCUCUCUCUCUCUCUCUCAUGCUAAAUUGACUGUGCGCGGACGAGCAGGAAGUUUAGCAACUUUAUGUUGACUCCCUCCAUGCAACACGAAUUUGGGUAUUUGUGUGAUCCGAAGGAAAAGGUACUAAAGCUUGCAUCACAAGCUGCAUCCUCCCAGAGCCAGAAGACUAAGCACAUAUUUGCAUUGCAUCUGCGGACGACGAGAGCAGCGACGAAAUACGCAGGGCGGCCGCGGUUGCGCUCGAGUUGACGGAAGCGCCGCUGUUUGUGAAAAACGUUUUUCUCGACUUGCAGCAGCGGCUUCUGAGCGCGGAAGUGAGGAGGAAAGAACUCUCGAGGCAGAGUUCGGUCGUAACUUUGUUGGCAAAUGGGAACGACUACGGCGGUAGUACAUCAACGGGGAGUGGACCUACAGGAAACAACAUCCCCUGGCGGCGCAAGGCCGAAGCGAGGGACUGGUUGCAUGAAAGGCAAAAGCAUCGUACUAGUAUAAAUCGCAUGACAAAUUGCCUCAGCGUGAGAAAUAAAAUUUGUAAUGCGGAUUUAAAAGCAGAAAGACAUUUGUAAUGCAUGAAUGCGAUUAGUACGAGUGCGAUACUUUUGCACAGGAUUGGUUGCGGCGCGAGUACGGGACGAAACUGCUGGUAUCAAAUGCAAAUAUGUCUGGGUCUGGAAACUUGUAAUGCUAAAAGUGAAUGAUAGACGCACUGCAAUACGCAGUUACGCAUGACAAUUUUUUUGGCUGCCAUGUCUUACGUAUUCCGCAUGGCAAACUACGUUUUUGCAUGACAGGUAAGAGGGCCUUUUCAUCGUGCCUAGGCAACACAGAUUCUCCAGUCAUGCCAGACACGCAUGACAAACUUGCACUCUUCCAGACCCAGACAUUUUUGCAUUUGAUAGCUGGGUGGGGAGUACGACUUUUUCCUGAACAGCGUGGAAUUGUGGGCAGUUAGUCCCGCGGGAAGUGGGCGGGUGAAAUGGGACUUGGUGGAAAAAGUGGAUUUGUAAAGACGGUGUAGCUGAUGUGCUGGGUCGUCCACAGCUUGCUGGGUCUGCUGCGGUUCCCGGAAGUAGUCUCUCGUGAAUUUCUGCACAUUAUUCCGACCUUCGUGAUACUAACAUGUAGAACAAGAGAAAAACAACUUAGUACACCGUAAAAUACUAAAUGUUAGCGCGCAGUAGAUCGUGGAUGGA